UCUUCUUUGUGAAAACGUAACAAUAUUCAUGACUUGAAAAACAUUACAUAUGCCAAGUCUGCGCCACGUCAUGGACUCCAUUUAUUGUUCUGGUUUGCCCAAAAAGUCGUGACUGUUGAUCAGAACAACAUGCUCAUCCUUGAUUCGAAUUUUGAUCCUAGUAGAGGUGACUUUGGAUUCCAUGGUUAUGGCAAUAGAGAGGACAUUCUCCCCUCAUUGAGCUCUUGGCAGAGUUACUAUUCGGUUGGCAAUUUAAAAUCUCCCGGAGCCAAUGCAUUGCCAGCCUAUGUGCAGAAGUAUUACAGAAACACCAAUGUGCCAGAAAGAAACAUGGACAGGCUUAUUAUCUCUGUGAAACAAAAUAGGCCAAACAAGAUACUCAGUGUGUUUAUUACAGCACAUGACCUUCACAAGAAUGAUUUUAAUCCUUCUGACACUUAUGAGAUUGAUCCUGCUCUGCUCUUGCAGAUUGGAGACCCGUAUAACUGCACUGUGGAUGAGAGCAAUAUUUCUGGUUUUUACACAAUAGCACGCAAUACAGAAGACACAGAAUAUGACAAAUGCCUACAGUUUCUGACAGAGACAGGAUAUAGCAGCAAUGACUGUAAACACAGUCAUAUCAGCCGCAGAAAGAAACGCUCACCCUAUUUGCAAUGUAAUGCAUAUGAAGGAAUUAAACUAGAGAUAAAAGCAACUACAGAAGGUUUCUCAAAACUCCUUUGGGAGAUACCUGCUAAAAUGAUGGAAAAUUCCAAAUACGUAUACAUUGAAAUUUGCCAAAACACUCGUUCCAGUGAAACUAAUGAAGUUCAUACGCAGGUCAGGAACCAGUUGGAUAUUUAUGAAUCGUCUGGGGUUUUAGAUACUUCUCUCUCCAUGAAUGCUGGUCUCCAACCUCGACUGCGACUGUACCCAUCACUUUUUGAUUUUCAAUUUACUAAUCCAUACAUUUGGUAUGGACCAGAGUUUGAUGGAGCCAACAGAGUGAUUCCCAUCCGAAUAAAGGGGUUUGAUGCAAGUCUGCAGCUCUACACUGAAGACGGAAAAGCCUGAGCUCGACUCUACAUCAGGAAAACCUUUAGCAACUGGAAAAAUGUUUUUUCGCACUCAUGGGUUCACAAGAUAAA